CUGUUGUGUUUAUUUUGAUAAUUGUAUUGUAAUCUCAUUAUCAUUUUAGGUUAUUUAUCAUAUUUACAUAUUCGUUUUUUGAAUAUAUUUAAGCGGAUUUAUAUUAAAAUGUUACAAUGUUUAAGUACAAAAAGAUACUCAUCAUUAAAAACACUUUUAAAUGUUUGUAAAUGUAAAUGCAUCUACAGAAACAUCAGAAACAUACACAAUGUAGGAUUAGAAGAUAUACCUAAGAUAACAGUGACCGAUAUUCGAAAAAUACUACGACAAAAAGGCUUUGCCGUUCAAGAUGGUUUUACUUCAUUUAUAUCCAAAUGUACAUUAUGUUCAGGAGAAGAGAAAGCAACAGCAAACAAAAUAUACAUAAAUAAAGCUACUGGUUAUUUUUUGUGUCCUAAGUGCAACAUCCAUGGUAAUUGGAAUGUUCUGGAACGACUGCUCAAAAAGACAAAAGGAGAAUUAUUCUUGAAAGAGUUUCGAGAAACUUAUCAUAAAGAUUAUGAGAAAGUCCAAAAUGAUUGGCAAGUUAUUGUCAAUGAAACUCAGUCUGUGUCAAAAUUAAACGAAACUGAAUUGUUGGACUUAUGUAGACUAUUUGAAUAUCCUUAUCAUGAAGACACAAAUAAAAUAUUGGCAGAUGUCCGAAUAUCACCUGACCACACAACAUUAUAUUUUCCUUUAAAAAAUACAAUAGACAACAUAGUCGGUUAUCGUAAAGUUCAAGCUGGCAAGGAGGAUGAUCCAGAACACUUUGGUCUCCACACUGCUGGUUUAUACUCAUGCAAAGUACCAAAAGUGGGACGUAGUGAUCAGGCCAUUCUUGUACCAACUAUACAAGAUGUACUAAAUUUAGCAGCACAGAAAGUUCCUGGAACAUUGAUAUGGCUAACCAAUUGUACCCUUCCACCGAUUGUUUUACCUGUACUGGAGGGAUAUCAGAAGUUAUGUCUUUGGGGUGAUUGGGAUAACAUGCGUGUCGUGGCCGAGAAACUUGGUGAAGAUAGAUGUCGAUUUGUUAGGCCUACAGAUGGAUUAGUGACAGCUACGGAAGCGGCUACUGCGAAUUUAUCGCUUAAAACACUAGUAUCCGAGGCAAAGCCUGCUGCCCAUCGAUCUAUUACUACAUUCGCAGCAAUCCGCGAUGAUGUAUAUGCUGAACUUAGCAAUAUCGAAAAGACGAGAGGGGUAAAAUGGCGGCGUUUCCCAGCCCUCGCACGUCUCCUGGGCGGACAUAGACGGGGCGAACUAACAGUACUAACAGGACCCACUGGUUGUGGUAAAACUACACUAUGUGCUGAAAUGUCACUGGAUCUAGCUCAGCAAGGCGUAAACACAUUAUGGGGAAGCUUCGAAAUCCGUAACUCGCGUCUGGCUCGCACUAUGCUGCAGCAGUUUGCAGGCAUACCUUUAGAACAGAACUUACAAGACUUCCAGAAAUAUGCAGAUGAAUUUCAGAAAUUGAAUAUUUAUUAUUUAGCAUUUCAUGGACAGCAACCCAUCAAAGUUGUUAUGGAGGCAGUGGAGCACGCGCGGUAUAUGCACGACAUAGCUCACGUAGUGAUAGACAACGUACAGUUCAUGCUCGGCUUAAGUGAGGAGAAAGACGGCGAUCGUUACCAUAGACAAGACGCCGUUAUUGCAGCGUUUCGAACAUUCGCCACCGCCAGACAUUGCCACGUCACGCUAGUCAUGCAUCCCAGAAAGGAACGUGAAUCAGAAGAUCUGUCGACCAGUUCAAUAUUCGGCAGCGCUAAAGCAUCACAAGAGGCAGACAAUGUACUCAUAGUUCAGGAUAAACGUCUAACAGCAGUUCGAGGAAAGAAAUAUUUACAAGUAGCUAAAAAUCGGUACAGCGGCGACCUCGGCAUAGUGCCACUAGAUUUCGAUAAGGACGGUCUCAGUUAUCAGCCAAAGAAAAAGAAUAAAACCAAGCAAGAUGAACCUGAUAAUCUUUUAAAUCAGUGUUUUGAAGAAUUCUCAAUAAAGGAAUCAAGUUAUGUAUCAAACAUAGAUGGCAAGCCAAAUAAACGGAAAGAACAAAAAUAUAGAGAGCGGCCGACAAGAGAAGGUAGUUAUUUAAGUGAUAUACUCCAUUUGAACAGAACCAGAUGAUUCAUGUUAUAUAAGAUAAUUAAUACUAAGUACUAUAUAUGUAUAGCUACUUUUAUUGCAAUUUCCAAAUGUCAA